GCAGAGCACCCCACUCCUUUGAAGAGCUCAAAGGAAGAUGUCAGCCCAGUCUCUUCCUGCAGCAACACCCCCUACCCAGAAGCCCCCUCGGAUCAUCCGCCCCCGCCCCCCCUCUCGUCCUCGCACUGCCCAGUCCCCAGGACUUCCCCAUAACGGCUCCUCUCCACGAGAACCUCCCCUCACCUCCAAUGAUGCACCAUCCCCAAUGUGCACCCCUAUCUUCUGGGAGCCGCCAGCCUCGUCCCUCAAGCCCCCUGCCCUUCUGCCCCCCUCAGCCUCUAAAGCCAGCCUUGACUCCCAGACUUCCCCAGAGUCGCCUUCUAGCACCCCUAGUCCAGUGUCUCGGCGCUCUGUCUCCCCAGAACCUGCUCCCCGGUCUCCAGUCCCCCCACCCAAACCCUCCGGGUCACCCCACACACCUCUGCCCCUGCUCCCCGCGGCCCAGGUCCUCACCCAGGAUGGCCCUGCCUCGGCCCCAGGCACUGUGCAGGAUGGCUCUGCCUUGGCCCCAGGCACUGUGCGGGAUGGCUCUGCCUCGGCCCCAGGCACUGUGCGGAGACUGGCUGGCAGGUUUGAGUGGGGAGCUGAAGGCAAGGCCCAGGCUGAGGACGAUCUGGAGCCAGGUCCCCAAGGGGUAGCGGAUGUCAACGGGGAGAGGGAGACUCCCCAGGGCAUCCUCACCAGGAGUGGGUCCCAGCAGAAUGGUGCUCCAGAUGCUGCCCUGGCCUGCCCUCCUUGCUGCCCCUGUGUCUGCCAUGUAGCCCGGCCUGGUCUGGAGCUCCGAUGGGUCCCUGUGGGGAGCAAAGAGGACGGUCCCAAGGCUCCCUGCAGGGCCUCCCCACUGCGGGCCUCCCGCUCCCGCCCCAACCCUCCAAGCAUCAGUCACCCCCCAGUCGUCCUCACAUCCUACCGCUCCACUGCUGAGCGCAAACUCCUGCCACCCCUCAAACCUCCCAAACCAACUCGGGUCAGGCAGGAUGCCACCAUCUCUGGGGAUCCCCCACAUCCAGAUCUCGAUGUGCCCUCUGAAGAUGGAAUCCAAACAGGGGACAGUCCGGAUGAAGCUCCUCAGAAUGCUCCCCCAGCAACCAUGGAGGACAGGGACGAAGAGGGGCUGGAUGAGCUGAAGGAGCAGAACUGGGAGCUACCCCUGCAGGAUGAGCCCCUGUACCAGACCUAUCGAGCAGCCGUGCUGUCAGAGGAGCUGUGGGGGGUCGGUGAGGAUGGGGGUCCCUCUCCAACAAACCCUGGAGAAGCUCCCACCUUCCCAAGACCCCCUGGACCUCGCAACACCCUGUGGCAGGAGCUUCCGGCCGUCCGAGCCAGCGGCCUCCUGGACACCCUCAGCCCCCAGGAGAGGCGCAUGCAGGAGAGCCUGUUCGAGGUGGUGACAUCCGAGGCCUCCUACCUGCGCUCCCUCCGGCUGCUGACGGACACCUUUGUGCUGAGCCAGGCUCUCAGGGACACGCUCACCCCCCGCGAUCACCACACCCUCUUCUCCAAUGUGCAACGAGUCCAGGGAGUCAGUGAGCGCUUCCUAGGGACGUUACUGUCCCGUGUGCGCUCUUCCCCGCACAUCAGCGACCUGUGCGACGUGGUGCAUACCCACGCCGUGGGGCCCUUCUCGGUGUACGUGGAUUACGUGCGGAACCAGCAGUAUCAGGAGGAGACCUACAGCCGCCUCAUGGACACGAACGUGCGCUUCUCCGCGGAGCUGCGGCGGCUGCAGAGCCUCCCGAAGUGCGAGCGGCUCCCGCUGCCGUCCUUCCUGCUGCUGCCCUUCCAGCGCAUCACGCGGCUCCGCAUGCUGCUGCAGAAUAUCCUGCACCAGACAGAGGAGGGGUCCACCCGCCAGGAGAAUGCCCAGAAGGCCCUGGGUGCUGUCAGCAAGAUCAUUGAGCGUUGCAGCGCCGAGGUGGGGCGCAUGAAGCAGACUGAGGAGCUGAUCCGGCUGACGCAGAGGCUGCGCUUCCACAAAGUCAAGGCCCUGCCCCUGGUCUCCUGGUCGAGGCGCCUGGAGUUGCAGGGGGAGCUGACGGAGUUAGGGUGCCGCAGGGGGGGCGUGCUCUUCACCUCGCGUCCCCGCUUCACCCCCCUCUGCCUGCUGCUCUUUAGUGACCUGCUGCUCAUCACUCAACCCAAGAGUGGGCAGAGGUUACAGGUUCUGGACUACGCCCAUCGCUCCCUGGUCCAGGCCCAGCAGGUUCCAGACCCAUCUGGACCCCCUACAUUCCGCCUCUCCCUUCUCAGCAACCACCAGGGCCGCCCCACCCACCGGCUACUCCAAGCUUCAUCCCUAUCAGACAUGCAGCGCUGGCUGGGAGCCUUCCCUACCCCAGGCCCCCUUCCCUGCUCCUCAGACACCCUCUAUGAGGACUGUGACUGUUCCCAGGAGCUGUGUUCGGAGCCUUCUGCACCAGCCAAGACCGAGGGACGGAGUUUGCAGUCCAGGGCUGCCCCCAAGCACCUGCACAAGAGCCCUGAGGGCUGGCUGAAGGGGCUUCCUGGGGCCUUCCCUGCCCAGUUGGUGUGUGAAGUCACAGGGGAACACGAAAGGAGGAAGCACCUUCGCCAACACCAGAGGCUCCUUGAGGCUGUUGGGCCCUCUUCAGCCACCCCCAGUGCCCCCCCACCCUAAUGCAGGCUGAGGAGGGGGCACAGGUUGGGAUAGCUGCAGUGAGGCAUGGAGAGGACAAAGCCCAUCCAUCCACUGGAUUCGCUGUCAGUGAAAACGCUACCUCUAGUGGCAACCAAUAGGGACCGAGCUUCAGGACAGAGCAGCCAAUGAAAAGAGGGCUGUCGGAGCCCAGGCAACGAAGGAGAGUGGGGAUGGCCUGGGUGUGUUGCCAAUGGAGACAGAGCGGCCAAUGGGUGCUGAGCUGGCUGAGUCCUUGGCUAAUGAGUAUCCCUGCUAUGCUCACAGCCAAAGAAGACAAAGCUAGGUCAAUGCGGUUUAAAAAAGGGCCGAGUUGGAGAUAAAGUCCUAGGAUUAAAAUAGCCAACAGUAAUGAGCAGGGACCCAUCCAGCCAAAGAAGAUGGUGAUCUGGGCCCAAGACACCAGUAGUGACGCUGCUUGUUUCUACAGCAACAACCUGGCCUGCCCUUUGAGUCUGGGAAGUGUUAGAUUCCAUUCCCAGGGUGCCUCAUGUGCCCUCUCAAGCCACUUCUUCUCUUCUAGAAGAAUCCAGAGUGUGUUUCUCAGAGAAUCUGUGUGUGUGCGCAUGUGCGUAUGUGUGCGUAUUAGGGAAGUUGAUUCUGCUGAACGUGAUGUGUGGUGUGUGUGUGUCUUGGCCCCCUCCCAGAUGACUGGGUGCUCCAUUUCUUCCCUCAUCCUCCGUUUUUCGUAUUAUUCUCUCCAAGACACUAGGUCUGAGCUCCAGAGGAGAAUGCACUGGGUGUGGCAGCCAGAGGCCAGAGCUGGGGA